UGGGCGCGGCGGAGACGCGCUGAAUCUGGCCUUAGGAAAGGCGACUCCGACCGGGGUCACGGAGAGAGCCGAGCGGAGCCGGGGAGACCCGAGUGUGACCGGAGGCGCUCCGGCGAGCCGGAAGCAGAGCCGAGCCAGCCCGAAGGGGGCUGAGCGCGGUCGGGCAUCCGGCCUGGUGAACCGGUGCCAUGGCGGCCGAGGGCGCAGCUGUGGCCGGAGGCGGGGCUGUCGGCGGCCGGCUGGCCCAGGACAGCCUCCCGCUGUCUAAGUGCGCGGACGCGGCUCCCAUCCGGCGGCGCGGCUCGGCGCUGUCGUGUGACGCCGAGCGCCGAGCCUACCAGUGCUGCCGGGAGUACUUGGGCGGGGCCUGGCGCCGAGUGCGGCCCGAGGAGCUGAGGGUUGACCCCGUGAGCGGAGGCCUCAGCAACCUGCUGUUUCGCUGCUCGCUGCCGGACCGCCUGCCCAGCGUGGGCAAGGAGCCCCGGGAGGUGCUGCUGCGGCUCUACGGGGCCAUCCUGCAGGGCGUGGAUUCUUUGGUCCUUGAAAGUGUGAUGUUCGCCAUCCUUGCAGAGCGGUCGUUGGGGCCCCAGCUGUACGGAGUCUUUCCUGAGGGUCGGCUGGAACAGUACAUUCCAAGCCGACCACUGAAAACGAAUGAGCUUCGAGAGCCGCUGUUGUCAGCAGCCAUUGCCACCAAGAUGGCCCAGUUCCACGGCAUGGAGAUGCCCUUCACCAAGGAGCCCCACUGGCUGUUCGGGACCAUGGAGCGGUACCUAAAGCAGAUCCAGGACCUACCCCCUGCUGGCCUCUCCCAGAUGAACCUGCUGGAGAUGUAUGGCUUGAAGGAUGAGAUGGACAGCCUCAGGAAGCUGCUGGACUCUACCCCGUCACCAGUGGUCUUCUGCCACAAUGACAUCCAGGAAGGGAACAUCUUGUUGCUCUCAGAGCCAGAAAAUGCUGAUAGACUUAUGUUGGUCGACUUCGAGUACAGCAGCUAUAACUACAGGGGCUUUGACAUUGGGAACCAUUUCUGUGAGUGGAUUUAUGAUUAUACUCAUGAGGACUGGCCUUUCUACAGAGCGCAGCCUGCGGACUUCCCCACCCGGGCACAGCAGCUCCAUUUUAUUCGCCAUUACCUGGCAGAGGUAAAGAAAGGUGAAACCAUCUCCCAAGAGGAUCAGAGGAAACUGGAAGAAGAUUUGCUGGUAGAGGCCAAUCGGUAUGCUCUGGCAUCCCAUUUCUUUUGGGGUCUCUGGUCCAUCCUCCAGGCAUCCAUGUCCACCAUAGAAUUUGGUUAUUUGGAGUAUGCCCAGUCUCGGUUCCAGUUCUACUUCCAGCAGAAGGGACAGCUGACCAGCUUCCACCCCUCAUUCUGACGCACCACCCCACAACUCCUUGGAUUUCUUCACGGCCUCCAGGGCAGGACCUUGGAGGGAGAGGCAAAGAGCAGGAGGCCCUGGGGCCUGGGCUGAACCCCGGAGCUGCGGGAGCCUCUGGACUGUGUACCUUAAGACAAUAAACAAGUUUCUUCCUCUA